AGAGAUAACCGUUGCAACAUUGUUGCGUACGAGUAGCUGGUUACCUCGAAGGAAAGUUAGGCAACUUCGCAGCACACAGUGAAUGGGGAUCAACGAAAUAUUCUACACGUUGUAUACCUUCGAAGCUAAAUUAUGCACAGUGUGCGAUUCGGUUGUUCCAGUGUUAACAGAGUUAUUGCAGCCGUAGACCAGCCAUCGUCGGUGGGAAACAAUCGACAACGCCACGCCGAGGGCAAGAUCCGUUUCGUCAAACAGGAAGUAGCUGAUUAUCGCUGCAAUCGCGCAUGUUACGAAACAACCUGAGUUGUGAGAUUCUCGUACGCUUGCGCCAAGUCAGCAAUGUGCACAUGACAAUCGUCAACAAACAACCAUUACGCGUUUGACAGUUCCUACAAAACACUCUCCUGGCAUGAUAGAUAACACCAGCAUUGUACAGCAAUGCCUAGAACUCUCCAAACGAAUUAUUCCCUGCGUCGAUCUCAAAAAUUUGAAAUGGAAAAAUGGAAAGCCAAAACCGAACGAGGCAUAUUGCCCCACCGAAAUUGAGCACCUAGCCAACAUCGUCACCCAUGGAAUUGCAAUUUUACCCUGCAUCCUAGGCACGUAUGAAUUAUGCUGGCGCUCCGAGUCCUUCAUGCAGCUCUUCGCCGCGUUGAUCUACGGCGCGACGCUGGUCUUCUUGUUUUCGAUAUCCACAUGCUUCCACUGCGUGUUUUUCCGAAAUCAAAACGGGCACUUGAAAGAUUGCCUCCAUCGAUGUGAUAGAGCGAUGAUCUACAUCUUCAUCGCCGGCUCCUACUUCCCCUGGCUGAUGCUCUGCCACAUACCGCAUGGCGGCUGGGCGAUCUCAAUGCGUUGGCUCAUCUGGAUCUUCGCCCUCCUGGGCAUCGUCUACCAGCAGACCUUCCACGAGCAGUACAAGUGCCUAGAGACGUGCUUGUAUCUCUUCAUCGGCAUCAUGCCCGCCGUGGCCAUCUUCUCCGAGGUGGACUCGUCGGCGAUGUUCGAGUUGAAGCUCGGUGGGAUCUUCUACACGUUCGGCGUGUUUUUCUUCAAGGCGGACGGGCGCAUCUCGUGCGCGCACGCCAUUUGGCACGUCUUCGUGAUCGCCGGCGCCACGGUGCACUAUUACGCAAUACUCACACAUCUCUAUAAACUGCCGGGUGAGACCGGUGGAGGCGCCGGGGUGGUUGGCGAUUAUGACCCGAGCGUUGCACGCCAGGAGUUGUAGAACGAAAAUGAGAAAAACGCAAGGGACCGCAAAACCUUUUACUCAUUACUCUUUACAUAUGUGUAUGUUUAUAUCAGGUUUUUUACAAACAAUAUUGAAGUGAGGUGGAUCGCCGAAACAAAUCUAAAUGAGAUAAAACCAAAAAAAAAAAACACUCGGAACGAAUGUGUCAAACUAAGUAUUGAAUCAAACGCGCCAUUUUUUUCUACACAUAUUCAUUACGUCCGUUUUGUUUUUAUAAAACAAAAACAGUUGUAUACUACAGCCAAACAUACCAAAGUAAUAAGCAUAUAAUUUUAAUAUUUAUAUUUUUUACGAGUAUUUACGUUAAUUUACAUUCAGUUGUCGUUAGUCUGGCAUUUUUAAUCGAUAUUUACAAAUAUCCACGUACACUUGCGAUCGCAAAACCUUUUGAAAUCUACCUGUAUUAAUAUACAUUAGAAUCUGUGAUGAUGAAAAUUUUUAAUGAAGAAAUUUACACUACGUUUACACGAUAAAAACAAGAAAAAAACUAACUAAUCAAUCCAAUAAUUAUGAGUGGAGAGUACAGAGUACACACGCAUUAAGUAAGUAGUCAUACAGUUCGCAAGGAAGCGAACUUGUAAUGAUUGGUAGGCCGAAUGCGUAGGUAAUAAUUGCGACACGAUAUUAAACAGAUCGGGUGCCAAUGACGUACGGCAAACCGCACGCGAAACAAAAGCGUCGUAAAAAAACACCAACGUACGAAUCGCGAACGUGCAAGUUAUAAAAAGAACACACACACACACAAUGCAGAGUUUGUUGUUAUUUAAAGCGAGCGAAAAUAUUGAUAUCGAUAAUGACUAAUUAGCAGCGUUUUAAUAACGUGUGACGUUGUUGCGCUUGAGACCAACCGACGUCUGCCGCGUUUCUGUUUCACUAUCGAUGUCGCCGAUAGCUAGACAACAAUAUGAUAAACUGAUAUCAGCAACUUGUAUCAUCAUCACUCGGGAACAAAACAGCACGUUUCUAAUUAUUGCGCAGCUCAAGAAUAAUGAAACAAUUGUGUUUCGUGUCGGUAUGCCCAAAAAAUUCAGUUACAAGUACAAAUAGUUUAGCGCUUCCAUUACAACCGAUAAAAUUCAUAGCCUUCUGUAGUUGAAAGCUUCCGGAAAACUCACACACACACGCCAAGAAUACAAUUUCAUGCUCUCUCUUCUCUCUCAGCGGAAGAAAGCAUUCAUCAUGACAAUUAGCACUUCCAAGACAACCAGAUGCCAUACAAAUAUAUGAACUGCGACCGCUCACGGAACUAGCGUCCCAAUCCGCUUAUCAGCGAGAGUUUUAAAGGUCAAGAUUUCGAUUGGGAUCGCGUUUCGUGAACGGCUGCGCUUCCAGAGGGUUACCACGUAGACAGUUAGACACGUAGUGAAUAAAAUUUUCAUGAAGAUGAUAGAUGAACCUAACAAAAUGUUAUAUAAUUGUUAUGUGUACACGUUUUAGUACAACCAACACGAAAAGGGAAUUAAUCUCGGCGUGAUUUUUUUGCGUAAUUUGUUAUUUAAUAUCGGUUGGUCACGCGAUUGCACCGAUUGCGGACGAAUAUAAUACUCUACUGUAUAUUUAUCCAACACUUUGAUAAAUAUAUUGGUACAUGUCUAGACAUUACCAGCUGCAAAAAGAGUACGACUAAGAUUAAUUCAACUCUCGUCAAACAUGUUAUGAAUGAUCACUUCACUCUACUAGUAAUACUCUGGUAGUAGUACGCUAGUACGGUGAGUGCGUCAAAAUUGUGAUUUCAAUGAAAACUGUGAAACUAAUUUACGAAUAUAUUUACUGAUUAGCUCGCAACUGUAUGCGUAUAAAUGUCUAUAAAUGCACUUGUCGCAGAUUUACUCCUUUUGUAAUUGUGCGGAUGCGAAAGAACAUUUAUUUGUUAUUCGAUGUUUCACUUAUACAAACUGAUGAUGAGGAUGGGAAAUUUUACGCGUAACUGUGGAUGUUUAUAGAGUACCACUGUUAUUAGCCACAAUGUAUGUGUAAAUAAAUAUAUUUUAUAUUUGUGCGAUGUGCGGUUGGAAGCAAAAGCAGAAAAAGAAAAAGUGUUUAAUCAAAUUGUCAACCGCCGUUUGUAUCCAUUGAAUGCGUCGAUGACGUCGAUGAUUUACGUAUUAGUAUUGAUGAAUUAAUGUAAACUGUAACAAAUUAUGCUCGAUUUCUAUUUGAUGUACACAAUCAUUACCUUAUACAAAAGAGAUACAAAAGCGCUGAUUGAUUAUUUUUUCCGCUUUCCGCGUGUCCGAAAAUAUUCGGACUCGGCGACGAAGGCGGAGGGGAAAAAUCAAUUACACUUGGAGAAAUUAAUUGUACCCAAUUGUCGGUGUAAUCUCAAUUAUGUAUUGUACAAUCAAUCAAUACGUGUAUACACUGCUGGGAACGUUUGGCAUGAAUUUAGAGGUGAACAUGUCAAUUGGUGCCAAAUGCGAGAAUGUGGCUCGUCUCUGCAACCCGAUUGUCACUGAUAGGAAUUGUUUACGAGACGUCUGCGUGCGUUGAGCAACACAUUCAUGGUCAAAGAUAUAAAUCAAAAUGUCUAAUAUCUAUUUUUUGAGAUUAGGUUACGAGAUUAUUGUAAUAUACGUGUAAUAUUUUCAGGAAUCUUAUAUGUGAAUUGAUACUGUAAAUGUGAACCGAAUAGACCAAACAUUACAUGAAUAUAGAGCAUAACAAUAA